UAUGUUUAGAAAGGUGCCUAUAUAUUGUUUUGGAAAGUAUAAAUUUAAUGCCAACAUCAUAAAUAAAGUUUCUACUUUACUUAAGAUCAAACCUAGUUUAGCAAAUGAAGACAUCAAUUUCUUCGGUGAUGUUAGAUUGUUGGACUCAUAAAAUAAAUUGAUUGGUGUUUUUGCAUGUGAAGAGGCAAGAAAAAAAGCAGAUAAAUUGGGAUAAGAUUUAAUUAUGAUAAAUUAAGAAAUUAAACCUGCUUUAUGUAAAGUUUGUGAUUACUCUGAUGAACUUGCAUCAAAAUUCAUGAAUGAUAUUGUAAAGAUUAAAGAAUAAUAAAAAUUAAAUGAUCAACAUUUUAAAUUAAGUCAUAGUAUUACAAUGCAAGAUUUGAAAUUGAAAGUUAAUUAAGCUAAAGAUUUAAUGAAAAAAUAAAAUACUCUAAGAGUCACAAUAAUAUGUCCAAUUGAAACAGCUAUUUAGGCUAAGAGCAUUUUGUAUACUGUAAUAUUAAUCAUUAUUAGUUUAGUUAAAAGAUUUGUCACAAUCCUUUAUGAUACCCAUAGGAGAUAUAAAAACUAAAGAUUUUAAAGAAAAGGAAUAAUUUGAUAAAAAGAAAGAAUAAUAAGAAUAAGUCUAAUUGGAUAUUGAAUUUGAAUCAAUAGAAAAGACUGAAUAACAUUUAGAUUUACCUUAAAUAAAAAUUGAGAGAUUAAUCAAUUAAUAUUAUUCUCGUAGUCUUUAGUAUUAAAUAUUCUAAUAUUUAGGGAAAAAACAGAGGAUGAAUAAGACCUUGCUGAUCUCUUUAAAGUACAAUAGUCUGAAAAAGAUAAGAAACUUGAGACAUAAGAUAGUAAGAAAUCUAAGUUGGAGGAAAUGAUGGAAGAUGAUGAAUUAGAUUUCUAACUUUAAGAUAUUUCAACUAAUACUUCAUGUAAAUUAAUUAAAUAUAAGAAUUAGCAUGUUAUUUAAAAGAUGGUAAUUUGUCAAAAUAUGUGAAGUUAUAUAAAAUGAUAGAGUGGUCUUAAGGAAGAAAAUGAUCG